AUGCAUAUACCGCAGGAUUAUCAAACAUCGGAACAAAGGAGCAAAAAGACUAGAAGGAAAAGACGCAAAGCCCAGAAGGGCAAGAAGUCGAAGAAAACGGAGGAUCACCCCCCACCCCUAAAGCUGGAGCAGCCGAUUCAGUGCGACGACUGCGAGGAGUAUUUCACGAACAACGUCGACUUCGCCCUUCACUCGAAAUGCCACGACAGAGACGGCAAGUACCGGUGCCACUUGUGCAUCAACUUCCGGAACGCUUCCAAGUACCAGAUAGAGAUGCAUGUGAGAGCGCAUGAGGGCACCACCAGGUACAAAUGCGAAAUAUGCAACCAGGGCUUUACCAUAAGCACCCACGCCAUAGAACACAAGUACUUCCACACGGGAGAGAAGCCUUUCCAGUGCGAGAUCUGUGGGAAACACUUCAUGUACUCCUGGUUCCUUUCCAGGCACAGGAAAUCGUCGCACUAUGAAAUUUUAACUGGUAGUCCUCUAGUAAAGUACGACUGUCCAAUUUGCAAUAAGCACUACGCUACCGCUUCCAGCUUAAGCAGGCACAAGCAAAGUAAACAUAAGAAGAUCGACGGUUCCGUGCUUUGCGAUAUUUGCGGGAAGAGAUUGUCAAGUAGAGAAAAGUUAAAAUUCCAUCUUAGGACCCACACCGGGUACAAACCGUACGGUUGCACGGUGUGUCCGAAGAGCUUCUCCAAGAAGGACCAGCUGGUAGAGCACGUCCGGGUCCACACGGGGGAAAAACCCUACAUCUGCAAGUACUGCGGGCGGGGGUUUACCCAGAGGACGCCUCUGAAGACCCACGAAAAGACCCACAUUAGAGACGAGAUGGGUGCGGGUUGUUCGGUGUGUGGCGUCAUUGGAACCUGCGGACACGUUCAGAACUACCAACUGCCGGCGCCUUUUAAUUACAAUUUCGACCCGAGGAAUACUUAGUUCUGUUCCGUGACAUGUUGGUUAUACCUUGCUCAUGCUUGGAGAGGUGGUCCACGUUUUAAGGCGCAAACUUCACUAGGCGAUAGACAAAAUUAUUUAAAGCAAAAAGUUUCCUGCGAACUGAUCGUAGUUCGCUUCGUUUUCGAGAUACAAGGUGUGGAAAUUAAAAAAUUAUACUACAUUUUAUGGAAUAUCUCUGAAGAUGAUUGACGUAAACUGAUGAAACUUGGGCCACUGAGUUAUCUAAAUAGAAGUAAAAAUUUGUUACGUUGGUUUACAAUAUGGCAACCAGUGGGGAAUAUACGAGGGGGUCAGUAGCACAGCACCAAUGAGUAUUCCGCAAUUUUUUUUUAUUACCAAUGGAAUUUAUAAAAAAGGCAGUCGAAUUUUAUUCCAAGUAAAACGGGAUUGUUAUUGUAACGAGCCCUUUUAGAGUCAUCAUCAUUUAGAGAUAUUUUACAAAAUGUGAUGUUUUUCUAUAAUUCCACACCCUGUAUCUUCUAUAACUAAGAGAACCACAAUACGGCUCUUAUUUUCUGGUGAAGCUUCCAAUUUAAAACUAUUCUGUACAGAAAUGUUAUACUUGUUCUCAAUUCCAUACAUCUUUAAAACAAUUGAACUAACGACACAAUAUCUUAAUACUCUAUUUUCAUAUGUUUAGAUAUUCACCGUAUUAAGGCAUUAUUUUUAAGGUUGUUCUUUAUUCACCUGUGAAAUAAAAAAACAUAUUUUAUCCUGUACUUAUUGUUCAAG